AUGUGGAACAUCAUUGUCAAGUCAGAACUUGCAGAGAGGUCAAGCCCUGAUGUUAAAAAAUUAAACAAUGGAGGCUUGAAAUCUAAUGAAUUACUACAAACAGCAUCUAUAAAAUGGAUUAAAUUUACAUAUGGAGUUACAUGGUGGCUAGUAAUAAUACUUACUUCAUUGAAAACAGUUUAUGGGGGCAGAUAUGCAAAUAUUGGACCCUGUGGUGGACAGGAUUGCUUGGUUUGUCGGUGCUUUCCUGAAAAAGGUUCAAGAGGUCAACCUGGACAGCUGGGAGCCCAGGGUCCAAUUGGGGCUUUGGGUUCUGUAGGACCCAUUGGCUUGCCAGGAGAAAAAGGUCAGAGAGGUGAGAUGGGUCUUUCUGGGCCAGCUGGAGAAAGAGGCGAUAAGGGUCCUACCGGAGUUCCAGGAUUUUCUGGUAUAGAUGGUAUCCGUGGAUCACCAGGGCCUGAGGGACCCAGGGGCAAACCUGGCUUUGAUGGAUGCCAUGGUUCAAAGGGGGAGCCAGGAUUUCCUGGAGAGGCUGGUCGUGUUGGACCAAAGGGCUCAUUUGGUAUUCCUGGGGGAAAAGGAGAAAAGGGACAUCCUGUAAAUGUUUCCAAGUUCAUUAAAGGAGCUUCUGGAGAAAGAGGGGCUCCAGGACCAUGCGGAUUGCCUGGUCCUAGAGGAGAAGGGGGACCAAGAGGCCCACCUGGAUAUCCAGGCCAACCGGGAUCACAGGGCGCUGCUGGUCAUCCAGGCUUACCAGGCAAACAGGGAAAUCCAGGUGUUGGAGUAGAAGGUCAAAAAGGAUUGUCGGGUGAUGUGGGGCCUCCUGGAUCUCCUGGACAGCCAUUAUUGGUUGGACCUCCAAGUUCUCAUCUACUGAAGGGAGAAAAGGGUGCAAAAGGAAUGCCUGGAUUGAUGGGCUCCAAAGGAUCGCCUGGCCCCAAAGGUGAACUUGGAAGUGGAAGGAAGGGUGAAAAGGGGAUUAUUGGCUUUCCUGGAAUACGGGGGAGUCCUGGUUCUUAUGGAUCUCCAGGUUUUCCAGGAAACAAGGGUGAACAGGGAGUUCCUGGAUUUCCUGGACAACAUGGCUUUCCAGGCAUCAAGGGGCACCCUGGCGAGAGUGGGCAUCCUGGCCCACCAGGACCUCAAACAGCACCACAUGCUGGAAUAAAAGGUCUUCAAGGAGAUCCUGGAGAUCCUGGUCCUUCUGGAGAUGUUGGUGCCACUGGAUUGCCAGGUCCUUCAGGCAUGGAUGGAAGGCCAGGCGAACCUGGAUCUAUUCUUCCAGGUUCCAAAGGUAGUUUGGGAAUAGAAGGUCCUCAGGGGGCUCGAGGUGAGCCUGGCCUCCCUGCUAUAUCUGAAACUGCUCCAGGAAGACCAGGCUCUCCAGGAUUACCAGGUUUACCAGGACCACCAGGAAGGCGGGGCUUCCCUGGCCCACCAGGUGUUGCUUGUAGUGGGAGAGGAUCCCCCGGACAACCAGGAGCUAAAGGCCAGAGGGGUCCAUCAGGGGAAAGAGGUGAAAAGGGAGGAAAAGGCAAUCCAGGCAACUGUUCAUGUGACCCUGGUCCCUGUGGUCCAGCAGGAAAACGAGGCUUACCUGGUAAUCCUGGAAGAAAAGGAGAAAACGGGUUACCUGGCAGAUAUGGAGAAAAAGGUGACCCAGGUUUACCUGGCACAACUGGACAACCAGGCUCCUUAGGAAUACCAGGUUCCUCUGGAUUCACUGGAGAAAAAGGAGAGAAAGGUGAUUCAGUUAGAAUAACAAUAAAAGGAAUAAAGGGACAAAGGGGCACUAUGGGGGACCCUGGACUUCCAGGACAGAAUGGCCUUCCUGGUAAGGAUGGAGUUCCAGGAGUUCCUGGUGAAAAAGGACCUCAGGGUGAUGAUGGAAUUGCUGUAUCAGGUGAUAAGGGAUUUCCUGGCCCUCCAGGACUUCCUGGCCCUAGAGGGCCCCCAGGACCAUCAGGACUUGGAAUCCCAGGUCCACAUGGCAUCCGCGGUCUACCAGGAGAUCCAGGAAGCACUGGUAUAAGAGGAUUGCCUGGCCCCAAGGGGCAGAAAGGGGGCACUGUUCAGCAUGCAGUAGGAUAUCCUGGGAAUCCAGGCCCUCCUGGUUCUCCAGGUAAACCAGGUCCAAAAGGAUCAAGAGGACAACCUGGUCGACCUGGUCCCAAUGGUUUUGAUGGCCCAAAAGGCCAACAGGGCAAAGCAGGAACAUUAGGCAUUCCUGGUCCAGAAGGUAUCAGGGGUGAGACUGGUGAUCUAGGUGAAGACGGUAAAAGUGGUUCUAGGGUGGAUGGUGCCCCAGGAUUGCCAGGUCCUCCUGGGCCUAAAGGUCAGAAAGGUGUUCCAGGUGAUGACAGUUAUGGCCCUCCAGGAAUUCCAGGCAUCAGAGGACUACCAGGACUACCAGGUUUGCCUGGUAUAAGAGGGGACACAGGUCUUCCUGGGAUUCAAGGACAGCCUGGCACACCAGGAUUCCCAGGAGCUAAAGGUCUUAGAGGAAGAAAGGGGUCUACAGGAGCCCCAGGCUAUCCUGGCUCAUCUGGCCUGACCUGUGACAGAGGCUUGCAUGGGCCACCAGGACCUCCAGGCAAUGUUGGACCACGAGGCGCUUCAGGUUUAAAGGGCUCCAAAGGCCUACAAGGAGAUGUGGGACCACCAGGCCCAGCUGGAAUGAAAGGUAUGCCAGGAGUUCCUGGAACAACAGGGCCCCCUGGACUUCCAGGCUUAAGAGGAAAUAUAGGCCUUCCAGGAGAUAAUGGAUUGCAGGGCCUCCCAGGACAAAAAGGGAGCAAAGGAUCCCAAGGUAUUCAGGGUUUCCCAGGGCUACCAGGAAAUCAAGGAGAGAAUGGAGUUCCUGGUGUAAAAGGUGAACAAGGACAAAAGGGUCAGCGUGGGCCCCCUGGAGAAUGUGGAUCUAUAGGCUCCAAAGGUGAAAGAGGGCUUCCUGGCGAAGACGGCUGUGUUACUCUAUUGGCUGAGAAAGGAAAAAAUGGGGAGCCAGGCCUUUCUGGUGAAGAAGGGUUAUUAGGAACACAGGGUGACAAAGGCAGUCGUGGAUUCAGAGGGAUCCCAGGAUUGCCAGGAAGCAGUGGACUUCUGCGAAAGGGUGAACUUGGUGAUGCUGGGCAGAUUGGUUUUCAAGGGUUGCCAGGGCCACCUGGGCUUCCAGGAUUGAGAGGAAUCAUUGGUUUUCAAGGACAGCAAGGCGAGCAGGGUACACAGGGAUUACCAGGUAUUCUGGGGAAACCAGGACUUGAUGGUGCAAAAGGACCGAAAGGUAGCAGAGGUGACUCAGCCACUCAUGUUGGCCAGCCUAGUAAGAGAGGUCCUCCAGGAAAUCAAGGAUUGCCAGGACCUGCUGGAUUACCAGGUGUUCAAGGAGUAUCAGGUGUUCAAGGGGAAACAGGAACACCAGGACCUAAAGGGGUACCUGGAAAUCCAGGAACUCCUGGCUUCCCAGGAGCUCAGGGAGCUGCAGGAUUAGCAGGAACUCCAGGUGAGCAAGGUAAUCCUGGCCUUUUGGGACCUCCAGGUUUUCCAGGAUUACCUGGACCCCCAGGUAGAAAAGGUCCUCCAGGAUUGCCUGGACUAGAUGGCUUGAAUGGACUACAGGGUCAAAAAGGCUUAUCAGGACCUCCAGGUUUAAGUGAAAUGGGGCCUCCAGGAUGCAUUGGAGAACCUGGAUCCAAAGGCAAUAGAGGAGAACCUGGACCACCAGGAAUUUCCCUCCCAGGACCCCCAGGAGACACAGGCUUGAUAGGGGCACCUGGCGAGCGAGGCGCUUCUGGGCAUCCAGGACCUAUUGGACAGCCAUGUGGAAAUGCACCACCUGGGCCUCCGGGUGAUCAAGGCCCUGCUGGUUUGGAUGGCAUCAGAGGCCUUCCUGGAGAAACUGGACCCCAGGGAAAGACUAUUUUUGUUAAAGGAGAUCCAGGUGACAGUGGGAUCCCUGGUCUACCCGGAGUUCCUGGUCCACCUGGGAAUCCAGGAACUAAAGGUGUUCAAGGAAAGCCAGGAAGAGUAGGCUCAAAAGGUCCAGUGGGAAACCCAGGACCACAGGGGCCUCCUGGUGCCCAUGGGGAUUCUGGUGAUCAAGGAUUUCAAGGACCAACUGGACCUUUGGGUCCCAAAGGUGACCCAGGCGAACCUGGAAAAUUUGAUAACUCCUCCUAUUCCAAGACUCCAGGACCUCCCGGAGUUUUAGGCCAAAGAGGACCACCAGGUUGCACAGGAGUUCCAGGGCCACCAGGUUUCCCUGGUCCCCAAGGAAGAAAAGGCGAGGAAGGAUUGUUAGGUCUGCCCGGACAGAGUGGCUUUCCUGGACCACCUGGACCCACUGGUGAUCAAGGGGACAGGGGAGAAAAAGGAUGCCCAGGGCUGCGAGGUCCUCCAGGCCAGACUGGGAUUCCAGGGCCACCAGGGCCUGAAACAAGAGUUGCUAGUGGAUUCUUGCUUGUUCUGCACAGUCAAUCAGACCUAGAACCACUGUGUCCAGAGGGAAUGCCAAAACUAUGGUCUGGGUACAGUCUGCUGUAUCUUGAAGGACAGGAGAAAGCCCAUAAUCAAGACCUUGGUUUGGCUGGAUCUUGUCUUCCUGUAUUUAGCACCAUGCCUUUUGCCUAUUGCAAUAUCAAUCAGGUCUGCUACUACGCAAGCAGAAAUGAUAAAUCUUACUGGUUGUCAAGUGCCGCUCCUUUACCCACGAUGCCCAUCUCUGAUGAAGAAAUACAGCCCUACAUUAGCAGAUGUGCUGUAUGUGAAUCUCCUGCCCAAGCUGUUGCCAUUCAUAGUCAAGAUCAAUCCAUUCCUCCAUGUCCGCUGAACUGGAGAAGUCUUUGGAUAGGCUACUCAUUUUUGAUGCACACUGGAUCCGGUGACCAGGGAGGUGGACAGUCACUCAUGUCAACUGGAAGCUGCCUUGAAGAUUUCAGAUCAGCACCCUUUAUUGAGUGCCAGGGUCAGCGAGGAACAUGUCAUUUUUUUGCCAAUGAAUACAGCUUCUGGUUAAUUACUGUAAAGCCAGAAUUGCAAUUUAUAUCAGCUCCUCUCCCAGGGACACUUAAAAAUGGGCAAGAACAACGCAGACAUAUAGGCAGAUGUCAGGUCUGCAUGAAACAUGGAUGA